AUGGAUGUGAUAUGGUGCGUUGUGGAAUCGGAACCUCUGCCUUCGGAUUACUGCAAACACCUGUGCGAGCAGCCUUUCGCUCAGAUCAAACACGCAAUCGUCGAAACCAAUCAACCCGAGACGAAACUCGAUGAUAUACGUUCAAUGAAUGCCGCUCUGCUUUUUUCGACCAUUCCGCUAGAAAAGCUCCUUUCAGCUUUAUUGCCACCGAAUCUUCUCGAUUUUUUCUGGAAUACGACAACUGCUCGUUCAUUUCCAGCGAAUGUCACCAUCCUAUACAGCGAUGUGCCAACACUUCGAAAAUGCUUCAACGACGUCGAGAAACUGUUCACCAUCCACAAUUUGGUCUUAACGGAAUCGGCCGUGGAAUUCAUCAGCAGUGUGUCGAAUGCACUGGUUUUAAUGAUAACUUCACUUUCGCUUAGCUGUACCGCGGAAGAGCUACAACUGGAUGGAGUAAGCGCAUGUUGCGCGCUCUCAAUCAAUAUCCAUAAACGCGCCACCGACAUUGCAAUGGCUUCAAAACAUGCACAAAUUCAUCUAUCCACCUCCACCGAUGUCUUCGUUUUUUGCAUAAAUGAGCUUCUGAAGAACAGCAAAAUGGAACCGGGCUACGUGCUCGCCAACCGUCUGCUGAUCUUCUUUCCGGCAGCUCUGCCAUUUCUGGCCUCACCAGAAUCAUCCAUUUAUGUGGCGUUAUGGAAUGUGGCCAAAGAAUCGUGGCAUCAUGCGUUAAAGUUAUGUGAAACUACAAGCUCUGUCAAAAAUUCCACGUCAUCGGAUUCGUGCGAUGACCCGGUGGCGGGCAUCGGUGAUUGGCUGGAAAACAUACUGAGCACUGUACCGGCGAUAAUGGAUCAGCAAGAAACUGCACAGAAAGGAAUCUCGUUCACUUUUUCUUCUGUCUCGGCAAAUGAUUCCAAGCCGACUAUAACUCUGUACGUUUGGAUACUGUCCGAUUCCAGUCCGCUACAUGACUACUACUCAAUAGUUCAUCUUAUCCCUUUGCAUGAAUAUCAUUCACUUAUUAUGUUGUGUGAACGAUGCUUGGUGCUGCUGCUGCAUAUGGGUGAUGCCUUCGAUAUCUGGACCGAUGGAAGCUUUUUUUGCUACUGGGAUUUAUGCGCUGCUGCACCAGGCUGUGAACAUGAGUACUUUACAAUGGAAAAUGUACUCGAUUUACUAGUACAGUUACUGGAACAGGCCAGCUGCAAGGGAUAUCUGGAUGAGGAUGCAGAGGUAAAGUCUUUGCUUUCUUUUAGUUCUUCAGACAGGGCGCUUGAAAUGUAA